AUGCCGUCUGCAAUUCUUCACAUCAUAGACCGGUAUCGCCUAAACCGGCCGGUCGAUGCCGCUGCCAAAGCUGAUGAGGGAGCUUUGAAGUUUCUCGCCCUCAUUUACACUCAUGUCAAAGCUGGCGAUGUCGUACCCAUGUGCCUACCUGCAUUUCCCUUCAAGUCACCAAACUCCCGGUCCAAAGUGUUGGGCAAGCUGCCUGACAAAGCAGAGGAGCUGGCUCUAGCACACCUCAACGGCCUUUGUCUAGCUAUUCGAGACAUCUACCCUCCAGGGGCAAACCUUACCAUCGUCUCAGAUGGCCUGGUAUAUAAUGAUUUGCUUGGUGUCCCUGACAAGGAUGUGUGGAACUAUGGCGAAACACUGAGAGCUCUAGCUUUAGCCAAGGGCUACAAACACAUAUCCUUUUCGCGUCUCCGAGAUCUUGUAACAAUCCAGCUGCCCGAGAAGCUUGAUGAGAUGACAUAUGUCGCGAAUGCAUCCAACUUUCGACGAGCAUUACUCAAUGCUUUCAGCCGACCUGACUGGGAAUGGAAGACUUUUAGCCAGAGCGAGGAUGUUUGCUUGACGUAUAGGGGGUAUAUCAAGUUUCUGGAGACGGAUCUUGAAACUGUUUAUCCGGUUGGAGAUGACCGAAGCAAGACCAAGUAUAAGCGAGGCAUCGAAUACAUUGCCAAGCAGAUGAUGGCCCGUGGCGAUGCAUUCGCGAGCGCCGUUAGACAAAAGUACAAAGACUCGGUUCGACUGUCGAUACAUCCGUCCACUGGGGCAGCCAAGCUUUCCAUCAGCUUGUUGCCCACAGACACCACGUAUACCACACCUUGGCAUUGUGCUGUUGCAUAUAGACUGGACGGCACCACAUCUACCGGCAUGCGAUCUGAUUUCGAGAAUGACGAUUCAUAUGAACUCGUCUACGAAAACGGCAGGCCUAGCUACUACCGCGAGAAAUCCGAUCUGUUUUCGUGGGGUUCAGAGAAGGGUGGUGUCGACUUCGAGCCGCUCUACCCAGCGGGCUGGCUUGUCAAACCCUCCAGGGGGCCUUUUACCAUGACGAUGCAAGAUGUGGAUGCCAGGAAGGUGCGAUCAUUAUCUGAAAUCAGCUCUCCGAUCAUCCUGCGUGGCUUCAUUAAGAAGCCAAACAAGGAACAGUUCGCUAAAAAGUCGGAAGAAUUUGGCAAGCCAACAGCGUGGAAGUUUGGCCUCAUCUUGGAAGUCAAGGAUCAGGGAACCAACAGUCAGGGUCUGAACAACGUGCUCUCUCGCGAGUGGAUGCCUUGGCACUAUGAUGGUUUGUUCAAAACCGUCACGCAGGUAGGUGGGGAUGGCGAGGAAACUCUCAUCUCAACACCACCUCGAUUUCAGAUCUUUGUUGGAGCAACUUCGAGUCCCCGUGAUACAGGAUUUACGCUCUUUGCGUCGUCUACGCUUUUCCUCAAGUAUCUCCCAGAUUGGCUGAAGCUAGGAGCGCUGUCUGAGAUGACUUGGACAGUUUCAACAGCCUCCUUUAAUCAAACAGUUCUCAAGGGGCUUCCAAUGAUUGUGUCUCACCCAACAACAGGAAAGCCCUGUCUCAGGUACCACGAGCCGUGGCCCCAAUCCAAGACCCAAUUCGAGCCAACCAACGUCACCAUUGAUGGGUUGAAAGCUGCCGACAGUGCGGCAAUCUGCGAGGCCAUCGAUUCUGUGUUGCAUGACCGGAGAGUAGCAUACUAUCAUGUUUGGGACAAGGGAGACAUUGUGAUGACGGUUCAGACAUUUUGA